UCUGCCUUGUUCAUCCCAACCGCGUCAUCAUCAAUAUCCAAAACAAUAAAAAAUAACAGAGAACCUCUCUCCCCUAUCCUCCAUGGCGGACAUCGACAUCGGAACCGCAGCAGGAAGAGGAGGAGAAGGAAGGCGAGAGCCGUUGAUAAACCGUGAAAACAAGUUCACGCGUUGCGUCUCUCACGCGCAGGACGAGCUCCAGAGUUUCCGGAAAUAUCUGAGAUGGAUGUGCGUGGAUCAGUCCAGCCCUUGGACGGCGGUUCUGUCUUGGUCCAUGUUUGUCGUUUUCACGAUCGUGGUCCCGGCCACGUCUCACUUCGUGAUCGCUUGCGCCGACUGCGACAGCCAUCACUCGAGGCCGUAUGAUUCUGUGGUUCAGCUUUCUCUAAGCAGCUUUGCUUCCCUUUCUUUCCUCUGUCUCUCGAGAUUCGUAAGCAAGUUUGGUCUCCGACGGUUCCUCUUCUUCGAUAAGCUUUGGCACGAGAGUGAGACUGUUCGCCAAGGCUACACCAAUCAGCUCAACAGAUCACUAAAGAUACUCUCCUACUUCGUCUCGCCUUGUUUCUUAGCGAUGAGCGCAUACAAGAUAUGGUGGUACGCUUCAGGAGCAUCUCAGAUUCCAUUCCUCGGCAACGUUAUCUUGAGCGAUACAGUCGCUUGUCUCAUGGAUAUUUUCUCGUGGCUGUACCGUACCACCGUGAUCUUUCUUGUUUGUGUCCUCUUCCGUCUCAUCUGCCAUCUCCAGAUCCUCAGGCUCCAAGACUUUGCUCAGGUCUUUCAGAUGGAUUCGGAUGUUGGUACCAUCUUGUCUGAACAUCUCCGCAUCAGACGUCACCUGAGAAUCAUCAGCCACCGGUUCAGGACCUUCAUUUUGUUGUCAUUGAUUCUUGUCACUGGAAGUCAGUUUUACUCUCUGCUUAUUACCACUAAGGCUCAUGCUGAAUUGAAUAUCUACAAAACUGGAGAACUCGCACUAUGUUCAAUGACGCUGGUCACUGCGCUGCUCAUCCUACUAAGAAGUGCCUCGAAGAUCACACACAAGGCUCAGGCGGUGACUUGCCUUGCAGCCAAAUGGCAUGUCUGCGCGACAAUAGAAUCCUUUGAGACAGUGGAAGGAGGGAGUCCAAGGUUAGUUGAUAGAGAAAGCGGACAAGGGUUGUCUUCGAAAGAUGUUGAUUCUGGAGAUACAGACGACAGUGAGGAUUAUGGAGAUGACGAUGAUGAUUUUGAUAACAAUGAUCUCAUCCCUGCUUAUGCUUAUAGCACUAUAUCAUUCCAAAAACGACAAGCUCUAGUGAACUACUUUGAGAACAAUAAGGCAGGAAUCACGGUGUUUGGUUUUACACUUGAUAGAAGUACUCUUCAUACAAUAUUCGGUAUUGAAAUGUCGCUUGUUCUCUGGCUUUUGGGUAAGACCAUUGGCAUCUCUUGAAUCAGUCUUUUUGAUCAGAGUUUUGGCUCCUUUGUUUGGUGAUAUUGCUACGUACACACAUAAGAGGCUCUCUGUAAAAAAUAUAAUAUUUACUGAUUUUCACUUUUAUUAUUGUAAAUCAUCUUAUUUUGUAACAAGUUUUCACAUUUUUAACUAGAGAUCAUACAUAAAUUAGAUUGGUUUUUACCAAGUCCAUGCAUUUGUAUCUAUGUUUUUGUGAUUUUCUAAGUAUUAAACUUAACUGUGUGAAUAAUG